AUGCUCUUCAGGAUUCUGCCACGAGGGGGCAUUGAGGUCGACGCUUCGCGCUAUGGGACGGUGAGGUUCGAGAACAUCGGAUUUGGGUAUCCCAGUCAGAAGGGCGUGCAAAUCCUCGAUAAUUUCAAUCUCGAGGUUGGCGUCGGAGAGAGCGUGGCAAUUGUGGGGAAGAGUGGUGGUGGCAAGUCGUCCAUACAAUCGUUGCUUCUGCGGAUAUAUAUCCGUGAAUUCAACCCUUCAUCAUGGCGCAGCAUAAUCAGUAUCAUUCCCCAGGCAAGUGCUCCACAUUCCUUCACUGAGUCGUCCUUAUCUGACAAUGAGAAGGAACCUUUUGUGCAGAUGGUGAAAGAGGCUAAAGCACUGCACGCAAAGAUGUAUUUAAACUACAAAAUUGACCCACCUUUCGCUGGUGUCUACCGUGUCGGGAAGCAAGACGAAACCAUAGAGUCCUUGAACGUCAAGCAAGGUCAAUGUUUGCUCCUACACAUCGCUACUGCAAACAUGAACACAAAGACCCAUGGCCAGCAUACACAGUCUGUAACAGGCGCAAUACCGGGCGAUGAUUUCAACAGCGGAAACGAAGCCCUAAACCCACGCGCAUUACAACAGGACGGCCAAACCUUCGGUUUAUGCUACCCUCCAUCUGCUGUUGAAACUGCAAUCUCUCGCGGGAAGGACGACAAAGGCAAGAGCGCAAUCGAGAUGGAUCAGACAUACAGUUGCGGGACCCACCAAUAG